UUAUUACGUAUUUGAAAAAUUUAUCAUGUAUCAGUUUCAAGGUGAAAGCUGAUAACGUACUUAGGACAGAGGGCAACUCCACGAGUGAGUUUCAUAUUGAGAUAUAAACAACUAGAAACUCCCAAGGAAGAGUUAAUAACAAAAAACACUGGGCCAUGUCUUUCGUUGGUCGAUUAGCUUUCGUCACAGGGGGUGGUUCAGGCAUCGGAAAGGCUGCAUGCCAACUGCUGGCCAAAGAAGGUGCCUCCGUAGUCGUGGCUGAUAAAGUUGUUAAAAACGUAAACGAAACCAUCAACUGUAUUCCUAGCAGUCCAACGCAGAUGCACCUCGGUAUAGACUUGCACGUCGAGAAAUCAGAAAGUGUGGGAAAUGCCCUACUCCAGACGUUGGAAAAAUAUUCAAAACCUCCUACCAUAAUCGUCAAUUGUGCCGGUAUUACUAGAGAUAACUUUUUAUUGAAGCUCUCUGAAGAGGACUUUGAGGAAGUCAUUGAUGUUAAUUUGAAGGGUACAUUCCUCGUGAUGAAAACGUUUGGAAAAUCUAUCGUCGAUCAUGGAAUCACCAAUGCGUCCAUCAUCAACAUAGGCAGCAUAGUAGGUAAAUACGGGAAUAUAGGACAAACUAAUUAUACUGCCAGCAAAGCAGGAGUGGAACUUUUAACAAGAACAGCAUCCCAAGAAUUGGGAAAAAUGGGUAUAAGGGUGAACACAAUUUUACCGGGAAUGAUAUCGACUCCGAUAGUAGAGACCGUCCCAGAGAAGGUUCAAGAGAAGUUCAUGUCGAUGAUACCAUUGAAAAGAUUUGGAAGACCAGAAGAAGUUGCAGAAGUCAUAGCUUUUCUAGCUUCCGACAAAAGUUCCUACAUAACUGGGGCUUCCAUAACUGUUACGGGGGGAUUCUAGGAUCAAGGAUUUUGAGAAAUUUAACAUAUUUUUAUUGGUCUUUUGAAGUUACCAUAAACGAGUCAUUGGUUCAUUCGAAAUUAUCCACUUUAGCAUAUCCAGAUUU